AUGAGUGUAAAAAACCCAAUACGCUCUAAUGUCAUAAAAAGUGAAAGCCAAUAUGCGGUGGAGGAACGCGUGUGUCAGGAGGCGACAAUAGGGGGAUCGGGCCGUUUACAGCGGGCAAAUACGUCCGAUAGUUGCCGUGAUGUGGACAUUGAGGUCGAAGAGAAGGAAGUGCAACGUGACGAGAAAAGCAAAGCAAAAGCAUCGACGCCACAAGAACCGAUAGGUUCGUUGGCGAACGAGAACGGGGACAACGAGUCCGCGCCUGCCUCGUUCGACAUAGUGACAAACACUGAUGGCGAUGGUUGGCAGACGAAGGUGUCGGAAGACGAGCGAAACAUUGCAAUUGCGAUGGAAGACGAUGAUCUUGCAACGAAAAGUGGUACAGACACAGACAGUGACACGGAGUGGGAGCACCUCGUGUCAGCAGAGGAUAAAGAUGAUUACGAGGUGGUAUCACCUGGUGACAUCAGCCAAGCAAAAUUUGUGAUGCGAAACAUCACGUCACGUAUCCCCCUUGUCGAGGAGACGGCGAUCCGUCGAAGUGUCAAACUUGUCGGGCCGCCGCUCGAAUUUGCCAGGACUCACUCGGAUGAGUUUGCUCAGAAAUUUCGAUGGCCCCAGCAUGCGCGGAAUCUUCGAAACACUAAUUUUUCGCAGGACCCAAUCGAGAUUAUGGAGGAUUUCGAGCUAUCAACAGAAGAUUGGCAGUCAGGUAAUGAUGGCUCCGAACCUUCACCACGGCUCAAGCAAACAGAAAAAGGCGUACGUUUGGAGAGCGCUUUUGCUCAGGUACCCCGCCCGAUGGUAGCACUAGCAGCCAACGCAUUGUGCACAGUGUCGCAAAAGCGGAAGCGGAGUAUCUUUGAAAAGGAUGGAAGGGCUGGUUCUAUUUUUUCAGCGUCUGCUUUACUGGGUGUCGCUCGAACUGGGGAACGGUUUGGCGACCACUUUGUCGGAUCGUUACUUCGCUUAAAUGGAAAAGCUCUCCAAGGUAUCGACAGCGAAGUCGGGAGCACACAUGACAGACGCUGCUGGUCUUCGCUUCCGACGAAGAAAAAGCCAAUUGCGAACUGGAGGUUCAUCCUGGAGCGCGUAGAGAGUUUUAUGGGCGGACCAGAGGGUAUUCAUGAUGCUGUCAACCCGCCGAUCAAGCCAGAAACACUGAAUCGCAUCACGAACCGCCUCAAAAGUCUGUAUGGAUGCGCAACACAGUACGAGGAUAAUGAUAUUUUCGAGAGGGCCCGCCCAAAGGAACGUGAGAAAUCAUGA